UUGGAGUCACCCCUGAUGUACCAGGUUCCGGAAACGCAGCAGGGCAGUGCCAGCGCCAGCUCGGGAAGUAGCCUGGGCGGCUCCAUCACUGCGUGUAAGAAGGUUCUCCGCAGUAAUAGCCUGCUGGAGUCUACAGACUACUGGCUGCAGAAUCAGAGAACACCCUGCCAGAUUGGUUUUGUGGAAGACAAGUCUGAAAACUGCGCUUCUGUCUGCUUUGUGAACCUGGAUGUGAACAAGGAUGCAUGCAGCACGGAGCGCCUGCAGCAGAAGUUGGUCAAUGUUUCACCAGAUCUUCCAAAACUUAUAAGCUCCAUGAAUGUCCAACAGCCAAAAGAAAAUGAAAUUGUCCUCCUAAGUGGGUUAACAGCUGGAAACCUACAGGCAGAUUUUGAAGUUUCACAGUGUCCUUGGAUGUCAGAUGUCUGCUUGGUCCAGUGUGCAAGAGGGAACAGACCAAACAGUACCAAUUGCAUCAUCUUUGAAAUCAACAAAUUUUUGAUUGGUCUGGAACUGGUACAGGAGCGGCAGCUCCACCUUGAAACAAACAUCUUGAAAGUGGAGGAUGACACGAACUGUUCCUUGUCUUCAAUUGAAGAAGACUUUCUCACCGCAUCCGAACACUUGGAGGAGGAAAGUGAAGUGGAAGAGUAUAGGAAUGGUUAUGAAAAUAUAAAUGUCUCAACCAGUAUCUUGGAAAAUAAAAAGCCAAAGGAAGCCACUAAGGAGGAAUGGAACUACAGCAAGGAAAAAUUACUUUAUGCAUUGGAAGACAAGUACGUUAGCAAAUACCAUACACCACUGGUUAAAACAGAAGGAUCUCUGGGAACAGUGGCAGAAUAUACAAGUGUGCAGAGUCUAGAUCCUUCAGCCAAGAUAUCAAAGUGGAAAGGUGAAGCUGUGGGGAAUCAGCAGUCAACCACAAAGGAUUAUUAUUCAGAAAAGUGUAAAAGUCAAGAAGAAAAAUCACAGGCACUAUGUAGUCCAGGCAAUGCUUAUUUCUCAAAGAUGGUUAAGAGGGAUGGACUUUCUGCAUGUGGGACUUCCUCUGAGCGUGACAGCAAUUUAGACCCAGGAGACCAUGAAGACCGCACAAGCUCUCUUCUUCCCUUACAAGAUGGAGAAGCCACAACAGGCGAGUAUGCCACGAAUUUAGCGGAAUCUGUGCUGCAAGAUGCAUUUAUUCGACUCUCUAAGUCUCAGCCUGCCCUCCCCCAAGAAUCUGCAGUCAGUGUUUCUGUAGGAAGUGCUCUGCUUCCCAGUGGCUCUUCCACAAAAGAUAUCGUGGUACCUCAGUCAUGGAACGAGCUCCCCAAAAUCGUCAUUGUCCAGAGUCCAGAAGGCAAUGAUGCUGGCCCUGAGCCAGGCAUCUCCUCGUGGCCCGAGACAGAAGUCUCCAGUGAAACUUCAGGUGUCCCCUCUGGAGAGAACUCCAGCAGACACCCCCAGAGUGCUCUAGAAGUAGCAUUAGCUUGUGCAGCCACUGUUAUUGGAACCAUUUCCAGUCCACAAGCCACAGAAAGAUUCAAAAUGGAGCAAGAACCUCUGGUUUCACCCCGUCCACUGGGAGGUGAUGAGCCUUUGCAAACUCAGGCCUGUCAAGUACUCAAGGACCCCUCCCUGAGUGAAUGCUCGUUUGCAUCUGCUUUAUGCGGCAUGGCUCAGGUGGCCAGUGCCGUUGCUGUCUGUGGCCUGGGAGAAACAGGAGAGGUGAAGUGCCCGGUGGCUUCCAGUGGCUUCCUGUCUGCAGUUGAGGCCCCUGCAGCCAUCCCCCCACUUUGUGGUUUAGUGGCAGAAAAGAGCAUGGAGCUGGGGAAUGAAGCCAUUGCAGAGGCCUUGCUCAAGGAGGUUGCCUUGGUCUUAACAAGACCUAACGCCUACAGCAGCAUUGGAGACCUCAUGGAGUCAGUGAAUAGGAGGAUCAUAGAAGCUGUUUCAAAGCCUCAGACCUUGUGCUCAGAAAAUGCCCUUGGGAAUGAACUGGCACAGACCCUGUCUAAUGUUAUCCUGAAGCAUUCCAUUGAUGAAAUUCACCAGAAAAAUAAAAUGAUAGACCCCAGUGAUGACAGGGACUCAUCUGAAACCCUGGAAUCCUUAAUGGAAAGUGUAAAUCAGCUGCUCUUCAAUGUGAUACACUUUACGUUCGAGAAGAUGAGCCACCUUGUACAGCUUGGGGGAUGCCCCCCUGUCCUUUCUAAGGAGACCAUCAGAUGGAGGGAAACCGAACCAGACUUCCAGCCAACUGAUCAAGCCAUUUGUCCAGCAUGGACAAAAGCCGCUGAAUACUCCAAUUGCCAUCCACUUAGCAGCCUGCAUGUCAGCAGUCCUGUUAUCAAUGAUCUUGUAGAUGCUGGACAUCCGAAGCAAGAUAGCAAGGGUCCAGCACAGUCAGGUCUUUCCCAGAUUCCCACACUGCAAUCUGAAUUAUCCUGCAGUACCAGCAUGUCUGCUAAAACACCACCCGAGGAAAUAUAUCUGAAAGGAUCCGUGGUGGAGGAUAUGAAAAACCCUCCUGCACCACCCAGUGAUAAUGAGAAUGAAUGCAGAACCCCUCCAGAGGAAGAAAUGACACCAACAGUUGGCAAGCACAGCACCAGCUCUCAGGACACUGAGGACAGCAUCAUUGCAAAUGCUCAAGAAAAGUACAGUGGUGCCUUGCUUCUGAACAGUGAACUUCAAGUUUGCCCGUCUUUGUUGGGGGAUGAUUUGCUGCUUCCUGCUCAAUCCAGGCUACCAGAAAAAGACCCAGACAUAUACUGCAUUGCAGACUUCGCAGAAGAAUUAGCAGAGACGAUCGUCUCCAUGGCAACGGAAAUCGCAGCGAUUUGCCUUGACAACUCCAAUGGAAAACAACCCUGGUUCUGUGCAUGGAAAAGAGGGAAUGAGUUUCUGGUUACCCCCAACAUCUCCUGCCGAUCCUUGAAGAGGAAGAAAGAGAGCCAGGCCAGCGGGGCCACUGUGAGGAAACACAAGCCCCCGCGACUCAGCGAGAUCAAGAGGAAAACCGAUGAGCACCCGGAGCUGAAAGAGAAGUUGAUGAACAGGGUGGUGGACGAGUCCAUGAACCUCGAGGACAUCCCAGACUCUGUCAGUAUUUUUGCAAACGAAGUGGCAGCCAAGAUCAUGAACCUCACAGAGUUCUCCUUGGUGGACGGUGUAUGGCAAGCACAGGGCUACCCCCGGAGUCGGUUACUGGGUGGGGACAGGUGGAACCGCCUGAAGGCCUCCAGCUGCGAGAGCAUUCCAGAGGAGGACUCUAACACCCGGGCCUAUGUGAACAGCCUGGGUUUAAUGAGUACCCUAAGUCAGCCAGUUAGCCGGGCCAGCUCCGUCUCCAAGCAGUCGAGCUGUGAGAGCAUCACCGAUGAGUUUUCCAGGUUCAUGGUGAACCAGAUGGAAAAUGAAGGAAGAGGCUUCGAGUUACUGCUGGAUUACUACGCAGGCAAGAAUGCCAGCAGCAUCUUGAACUCAGCUGUGCAACAGGCCUGCCGGAAAAACGACCAUCUGAGUGUGAAGCCAAGCUGUCCGUCGAAGCAGUCCAGCACCGAGAGCAUCACCGAGGAGUUCUACAGGUACAUGCUGAGGGACAUUGAACGAGAGGGCAAAGACGGCCCCUCCUCCAGGCAAGGCAGCCAGGACUGGACCACUGGCUUGCUCUCGCCUUCUCUGCGGUCCCCCUUGUACUACAGACAGUCGUCUGUGCCCGACGGCAGAUCCCCGGGCGCCAGGCUCACGGUGAACGUGCCCAUCAAAGCCAACUCCUUAGACGGCUUUUCUCAACACAGCCAGCAAGACUUCCUCAGCGUCCAGCCAGUCGGCGGCGCUUCCUCCUCUGGUCUCUGCAAAUCUGACUCUUGCCUGUAUCGCAGAGGCGGGGCUGACCACAUCACAAACAUGUUAAUUCACGAGACGUGGGCAAACUCAAUCGAGGCUCUCAUGCGGAAGAACAAAAUUAUAGUGGAUGAUGCCGGCGCGGCUGAUGCUGAACCUGCUUCAGGGGGCCCCUCCUUGCAAGUGGAAAAGUGUGCGGGCAGGUUAGCUUCGGGCAGCGUGCCAAGUGGACCAGCUCUGCUUGUGCAGGAGUCUGUGGAUUAUCCAAGGAAAAACUCAAUCACAGAAAGCAGCCAUCUCCCAGGGUCGUCCCCAAGCAAAGCUGCUCCUCUUACAAGUCACAGCAGUUUAGAUUUUAAAAAGGAAACUCCCUCAUGCCACCAUGCGGUCCCUCUAAGCCACACCCGGCGAUCACUUUGCUCAAGGGAAGUGCCUUUAAUCCAGAUCGAAACAGAUCAGAGAGAAGAAUGUGUGGGAGAAUCUGAACACAUUAUUUCCGAACGCAGCCCCCUAGAGGAAAAAGAAAGGUGUUUGGAAGAAGAAAAGGUCCCAGAGGCAGGGAAGGGUGAAGACGCUGCCCUGAGUGCCUGCCAGAACCCCAGUGAAACCCUUGAUGCCAGAGAUGUACCGGAGGCUGAAGUCUCAAAAGAAGGCAGAGCCCUGGAUGAGUUCUCCAGCCCUCCCGGCAGCAGUGGGGAGAGCAUGGACAGUUGGUCCCAGCUCGCCAACGAGGAGGACAACCCAGACGACACAAGCAGCUUCCUGCAGCUCAGUGAGCGAUCCAUGAGCAAUGGCAACAGUAGUGCCACUAGCAGUCUUGGCAUUAUGGACCUGGACAUUUAUCAGGAAAGCAUGCCAUCUUCUCCCAUGAUUAAUGAAUUGGUAGAAGAAAAGGAGAUUCUUAAAGGACAGGCAGAAACCAUGGAGGAACGUGCCUCUGGAACGCCGGUGGAAACAGCCAGCCGCCAGGGGAGCCUGCUGGUGAUCAACUUUGACCUGGAGCCAGAGUGUCCUGACACUGAGCUGCGAGCCACUCUGCAGUGGAUAGCUGCAUCUGAACUCGGUAUCCCCACCAUCUACUUUAAGAAAUCUCAAGAAAACAGAAUCGAAAAGUUUCUAGAUGUCGUGCGGCUGGUCCAUCAGAAGUCCUGGAAGGUGGGGGAUAUCUUCCAUGCAGUGGUUCAGUACUGCAAGAUACAUGAGGAACGGAGGGAUGGGACCCCGAGUCUCUUUGACUGGCUCUUGGAACUGGGCUAAGGCAGCAGUCUCCUGCAGAGUAUCUCUUUCCUUCUUUCCAGCUUAGAUUACAGUGGUUUGCUCUAAAUGCUCUAAACUUUCUCAAAACAUCACAUCACAUUAUCAGAGCUAGGAAAAAAUCUGCUCCUCAAGUCUGCUGCACAUGGAAUAAAUCUGAAGGAAAGCAAAAUAUAGGUCUGUACAAAUCAACACAACCUGUAGGUGAGUUUAAAAGAGCUUGUGUUAGAAUGGCUGGAGAAACAGAAAUUGUAAUGGGCCCAAAUGGAAAACUUCAGGCUAGGCCUAAACUCCAGGAGAGUUGCACUUGCAUAUGUUUAAUAACAUAAAAUGUCAUGUAAUAUCUCCAAUUACAUGAAUCAACUGGAAACAACAUCACUGGUCAAAAUCAUUUUAUAAACUCUGCUAUAAUCUUUAUUUUACUUUUUUGAGCAGAUUAAAGGGUCUAUCAGCCCAGGUAAAUAUUUAAGAUAUGGGUGAGAAAUUUCCAAAAUUUUGAUAUAAAAGCUUUUCAGUUUUAGACCAUUUUCAGUGGAUAUUAACAGAGAUGCAAGGAUAUAUCAGUGUUGCCUAUAAAGGUGAUUUCAUUUGUUCACUCUAGCCCACUGAUAAAUAUUUCAUAUCUCCCCAGCAAUGUCUUGAGUUCCCAGCUAAUGAAAAGACUCUUGGUGUUCAGCUGAGAGAGAGAAAGGUGGAAGAUUGUCUUAUUUCCAUCUGUUUAUUACAUGAGUGACAUGGUUACAGAACUCUUACCCUAUGGGAAAGCUUUCCUACUAAAGAGAGUCUUUGGAGAGAAAAUCUCCUUGUAUAUUAAAUUAUAUAAAGUAUAAACUUUCAUUUUUAUUGUAAAUUAUGAAGAGACUAUCAUAAAUAAUAUAUCAAGUUAGCCUUAGAGGUUCAUAAAAUAUGAAGAGAUUAUUGUUUUAAGUUGUAUAUUGACACUUGAGCCCUAUGAUUUCAUUAUAAACACGUUGGUACCCGUAUGGCAGACUUGCUAGUCAGAUGACAUUUAUAAUGAUGGAUGCAAGGUUUGACAUAUCCAGUUAGGAUCAUAUACUUCCUAAUUUAAGGAUAUUGGCAUUUAAUUUCAGAAAAAGAAACUAUUGUCACAUUGAAGUAUUUUAAAAACAGAGAUUUACUUUUUUGAAAAAUAAAGGUAUUUAACUUCUCCCUAAUAGGUCUUUUUCCCUUUCAGCUAAAUGAGCUAGACUGGCUUUUAUUUUCUUGAUCAAAGAAAGUGUUUAUUAAAGAUUUCCUGAAAUACUAUGCUUUUACACUAUUUUUAAGAUUGUCAAGUAAUUUUAAAUGUGAACAAAGUCCCACUCCAUCCAUACCAGCUUUCUGUGUCAUCCAUGUUGACAAGAAAUUGAAAUUUCUUGAAAUGUCAACAAACUUUAUUGGGAGUCAUCCUCCCUACCACCCACCCCCCAGAAUCCUUUCCAGGACUCAUUAGGCAUUUAUUAUAGAAAUAUAGUCCAUAUUUGGGUUAUAUAUUUAAUUGACAUGUGAUACAAAUACCAAACUUGAACAUUUAUCCAUCCUCUCAAAGUGAAAGUUCUUUGUGAUACUAGAUGGAAAAGGAUAUGUUUAUUUUUUAAACAACCCCAGAAGAUUGUAAUAUUCUGUGUAGACUUCUGUUGUGCUCGAAUGUUUACUUAUCCUACAAAGCACAAAUACUGAAUUAUAACCAUGUGAUGAAAUAUAUGUUGUAUCUAAAGUUGCAAACUAAUCAAUAAAUUUUUGUUGCCAA